CUAACCUCAAUAGUUGUCAACUUUAACGCUCAAUAUCUCACAGGGUAGAGCGACGUUUUUAUUUGCCAGAUUCUUUUCAUUUCAUGACAUUAUAUAAGAGAGGGAACCAAAGUAUAUGUAUAAAUGAUGGCAAAUGCAACAGAGAAAACAUCCGAAGUAGAAUUACUACCAUGCAGCUUUAAAUUUCAUAAUUUUGUUGCCAAAGUCGGUGAUACUAAUAUUAAUUGCGAAAUAAUAAGGAUGGAAGAUUCUUUGUACCUGUGGAUUGGAGAUUCCGUUAAUGGCAGCAUGGAAGACUUGUCUUUUGCUCUUACAUCAAGUUUCGAGAAACAGCCUAUUACAACCAAAAUCAUAGGUUCUAUAGCAAAUGCUAUAUCCACAAACAUGGCUAAGAGAUUAAGCAUGAAGUUUGGAAAAGCAAUAUAUGUUAGUUUUAAUGUAACUCCAAACAAUAUAAUAUUACCAGGAAUUGAAAAAAGAAUUCAAGAAGAGUUCAAGACACAUGCAGAUCUAUUAAGUUUUUGACUUCGAUUAUUGAUA